UGUCACCUGGAGCGAGUGGCGCGCGGCGUGGAACGCGAGUCGCGACCCCGGAUUCCGGCGGUGGCGCGCGCCGGCCCUCGCGCCGCACGGGACAGGAGAGUGGGAGUAAAGAAUGGAUUUUAAGGCGGGGGCAGUUCCCGGAGACACGCGCUCGGGUUGGAAGGUGGGGUGAAUGCCGAGUCGGCUAGCGCACCUUAUUCUGUACCCUUGCGCCCGCCUCGGGAACUGCACGUGGCACCUCCACCCCCGCCUCCCACUCAGACGAUUACGCGGCCGGGAGGGCUCCCCCGGCGGGCUAGGCUAAUGGUUCGCUCCGCCCCGCCCACACAGAGGCCGCCCACUGACUUUUGCGCGUUUCAGGCCUCCUCUGUCAGACCAGAUACAGAGGAAGGGGGCUUGGCCUCCGCCCUCAGAAUCUCUGAAAGGUAGGGGGAGUUGUCUUCAGUUCUGACCCAGCGCUCAGACCCAGACCGGGUCCCAGCCUCCAACCUGGACUUGCCGCUAGGAAGCCGGCCAGCCUCUCCCUUCGGACCUGGGGAAAA